UUUGGCGUCAUCCUCGGUGACUGCAGGAUAUACGGGAACUAUUCUGUUACGGCAUAACGCGGGUCCGACGUUCUUCGCAUACUUUACUCCGGGUCGGCAUUCUUCCGAGUGGACACGUACAUUCUUAACGGCACAAGACCUACAUAACGCGUCUUUCCUCAUAACUUUACAACGCAACCAUGUCCAUGUUCUCGUCAGCACUGCGAUCCUCACUCCGCACCUCGCGUCCAACGUGCUUCACGAGUCGGAUACUAGGCACUCCUGCUGUCAACACGCUCGUGCAACGCCGUUUGCUCACCGACCAAGCUCGCGCUGCCAUCCAGAAAGCGGUGACCGAUACUCCAUUGGUGCUGUUCAUGAAGGGCACCCCUGAUAUGCCACAGUGUGGCUUCUCCCGCGCCGCGAUUCAAGUGCUUGAUCUGCAUGGCGUACCUCCCGAGAAAAUGAAGACGUACAAUGUCCUCGAGGAUCAAGAGCUGCGAGAGGGCAUCAAGGAGUUCUCCCAAUGGCCCACAAUCCCGCAGUUGUACAUCAAUGGCGAGUUUAUCGGUGGUUGUGACAUCCUCCUUGGAAUGCACCAAUCUGGAGAACUUGAAAAUUUGCUGGAGAAGGAGAACAUCAUCCCGAAGAUAGAAGAGGAGAAGGAGGAGGCAGCGGCAUAGCCGCUCUCCGUCCUACAUUCGUCAUAUGAAACUAUAUUGUACCAUUUAUAAUGACAGUCAUACUUCAUCA